AAAAUAAGAAAUCAGGAAGGGGGCAAAUACUUUUUCACGUCACUGUAUAUGGGCUAUGCAUGAACACAUAUACAUGUAUACAUACUGGAACAUUAGCCUACAUACUGCAUAUUUUAGGUCACUUAGACCUCUGAGAGGUUUUUUGAGUUGCUGCAGAGGACCUUAGGUUUCCAGGACCCCGAACAGAACAUUAGGGUUAAUAAACUAAAUGUGUAAGUCAGGAUAUGAUCUUGCAAGCACUGUUAUGUAAACCAGUGGUAUUCAACCUGGGGGUCGUGGGUCACGUGAAAAUUUCAGGGUGUAGCCAGAUGGUUGUGGGGAAAAACAUGAAAUAACAUUUUAACAUUUGGGGAAUGUUUUUUACAUUGCAUUGCCUGUACCAGUGAAAUCAUUUGCCUCAGAAUAGAUUUUAUUCAGUGUUUGUGAGUCAUGUCAGUCAGUGUGUGCAUGGCAUGCACAUGAUUAUCUGAUGGGGGAUUUCUGAUGGGUCGGGGUAGAGCAAACCACGAACACCAACCUGAUUAUUCUGGAGUGGCGCAACUCGAAAAGGUUGACAACCAUUGAUGUAGACAAUUACAGUUAUACAAAACAACAGAGUUGAAGCAUUCACAGUCUGCCUAUGUAUAAUUCAGCACUCAAUACCUGUAUAACCAUUGUUGCAGUGCGGCAUAAAUGCAGCUGUAAGAAGAGCCAUUAAGUAUUCAGUAGUGUAUGGUACAGGGUAUUGUGAAGUACUGUAGUUAUAGUAGAGAGACGUACUGAGAUUUUCUAUUCAAGUAGUAGCAAAACCACAUUACAAGUAAUAAUCCAGCAUUCAAAAUAUGACUUGAGUAAAAGAGUACAGAGCAAGAAAAAUGUACUUAUAAAAUCAAAUUAAAAAGUUGAAUGAUUAUCUCCUUUUUGUCUUUACAGAUACAACUUCUUUAAGGUGAUUAAAGUCAUUUUGAGGAUCAACCUGAUGCAUUACCAUACAUUUCUCUCCUGACCUGAAACGACUAAGCGGAGGGUCACAUUUGAAGCCCUUCAUGGGAAAAUGUGGGUUUUUUCAGGGCUGGUUUAGUUAACUUGUUUUACACAACAUAUUUGACCUCCUUAUCUUCUCACCCGAGUGUAGCUUAUCUGUGUUGGUUUUCAUUGAUAAAAAGCGGAUGAUAACACGGUGAAGUUACAGAAGGACACGGCAUGCUUUGUAACUGCCGCGCCUCCAACAUUUGUGUGUGUAUGUGUGUGAGAUAACAUCAGUAGUAAAACUACCCACUGCUAUGGUAAUUCAACACCACUAAUGACUAUGACUAGAUGAUCGGAUCAUGAAACCUCAAUUUGUUCUCAAGAAUAUUGAAACUUAAAUAAAGAUAUUCAUCUUUCAAAAUGAUAAGACGACAUAACAGUACAUUGUAAUAUCUUGAAAGAAAUCCAAGGUAUACUUCAGAUUUCCAUGCAAAAAGCCCAAAUUUAGAAUUAACCUAAAUACUGCUAUUUCCCUACUGGAGAGAACCUCACUGUUAUCAGCGUUAUUCAAAAUUUAGGGCUAAUUUCCAAAUUCAUGUCAAGGGCAAUCAUUUCAUUACAUAAGCAGUCACAUGUUUGAUUAGGUAAAAAAAAAGUGGAAAAGUAAAUGUUGCUGACUGUAUUUACUUUCCCUCUUGUACCUAUUUUCCCCCAACAAACACACACAAAAAACAUCUGAAUUUACCUGCCUCAGCUUUUUAUUUGCUUUGCCCAAAAUAGAUUUUUGAUCCAAAUCAAAGUUUUGUAACUCAAGGAAAAUUGUAACUGUUGCAAAAUCAUCUGGACAUUGAACUGAGUAAAACAAAUACAAAAGCAGGAUAUAUCUAACCUGUCCUGUUGUGACUGGUAAUAGCUUUAAAAUAUGUAUUUUUAUGUCUUUAUAGUUGAAUCUGUACAAGAUAAUCUCAUAAAUCAACUAAAAUGGUAUUAUGGUAACGUUUAAAGCCAGAAAAGUAUGUUUUGUGGACUUGUGUUUUAGCUGAAACCUUGAGGUUACUGCCACAUGACACGGCUUUUGUUUAAGUUUCAGUUUGUUUUGACCUGCAGAGACGAUACAAUUUGGGUAAAGACAUUAUGCAAACAUCAUGUUUUUCAGUUUCCAACCUGCAAGCACCUCAAAACUAUUUAUCCUUCUGAUAGUUUUGAAACAAGGUAGGAAGCCGUGAGAAAGCAGCACCUGUUUAGCCUCCAUGCUGAUAUUUGCCAGUAUCUCAUUGGUCCGGGAGAGAGGGAAAAUGAGGAUAAAUACUAACAGUGAAGCAGCAGGUAAGUGUGUAUUUUCUCGCUCAUCCAGGGAAAGCAUGAAGUUGUUAAUUCUGGUGGCUCUCUUUGGGCUGAGCCUUGCCCAGCACAACCCCCACACCAAGCACGGCAGGACCGCCAUCGUGCACCUGUUUGAGUGGCGCUGGGCGGACAUCGCUGCAGAGUGUGAGCGCUAUUUGGGUCCUAAUGGCUUUGGUGGAGUUCAGAUCUCCCCUCCAAAUGAGCACAUUGUGCUGAACAGUCCCUGGAGGCCUUGGUGGCAGCGAUACCAACCAGUGGGCUACAACCUGUGCUCCAGAUCCGGCAAUGAGAACGAGCUGAGAGACAUGGUCACCAGAUGCAACAAUGUUGGGGUCAAUAUCUAUGUGGACGUUGUCAUCAACCAUAUGUGCGGCGCCGGCGGUGGAGAGGGAACCCACUCUUCAUGUGGAAGCUGGUUCAGUGCUAACAGGAAGGACUUCCCCAGUAUCCCCUUUACCGGGUUGGACUUCAACGACCACAAAUGCAGGACUGGCAGUGGCAAUAUUGAGAACUAUGGUGAUGCCAAUCAGGUGCGUGACUGUCGUCUGGUCGGUCUGUUGGACCUCGCCCUGGAGAAAGAUUACGUCAGGGGCAAGGUGGCCGACUUCAUGAACAAGCUGAUUGACAUGGGUGUGGCUGGAUUCAGAGUGGAUGCCUGUAAGCAUAUGUGGCCCGGUGACCUGUCUGUUGUCUACGGCCGUCUGCACAACCUCAACAGCAAAUGGUUCUCUGGUGGCUCCAGACCCUUCAUCUUCCAGGAGGUUAUUGAUUUGGGAGGUGAGCCCAUCACAUCCAGAGAGUACUUCCAUCUGGGAAGGGUGACGGAGUUCAAAUAUGGUGCCAAACUGGGAACAAUCUUCAGGAAGUGGAACGGCGAGAAACUGUCUUACACCAAGUCCUGGGGAGAGGGAUGGGGUUUCAUGCCCAACGGCAAUGCUCUCGUCUUCGUUGACAACCACGACAACCAGAGAGGCCACGGUGCUGGUGGUGCAUCCAUCGUUUCCUUCUGGGACCCCAAGCUCCACAAGAUGGCUGUCUCCUACAUGCUGGCCCACCCUUACGGAGUAACCAGGGUGAUGUCUAGCUUCCGCUGGAACCGCAAUAUUGUCAAUGGAAAGGAUCAGAAUGACUGGAUGGGCCCCCCCAGCAAUGGUGAUGGAUCCACCAAGUCUGUUCCCAUCAACGCUGACCAGACUUGUGGUGACGGAUGGGUGUGUGAGCACAGAUGGCGUCAGAUCAAGAACAUGGUUAAUUUCCGUAACGUGGUCAACGGACAGCCUCAUUCCAACUGGUGGGACAACCAGAGCAACCAGGUGGCCUUUGGACGCGGUAAUCGUGGUUUCAUCGUCUUCAACAAUGAUGACUGGAACCUGGAUGUCACCCUGAACACUGGCAUGCCUGGUGGCACCUACUGUGACAUCAUUUCUGGCCAGAAGGAUGGAGGCAGAUGCACUGGGAAGCAGAUCAAUGUUGGCGGAGAUGGCCGUGCCCACUUCAAGAUCAGCAACAGAGAUGAGGACCCCUUCGUUGCUAUCCACGCCGACUCCAAGCUGUAAAAACAUUGCGUACAACUUCAAAUAAAUUUUAUUAUCCAAACUUGAA